AUUCCAGCGCGAGGGGAGAAAAAAGAGGAGAGGACGCAGCAGCGCCGCCGCCGUCGCACCACUCCGCAACAGCUCCUCAACCCUAAACCCUAGCGGCUCCGGCCAUGGCCGCCGCGUCACAGGCCGUAUCAGCACCUCCGUCCGCCGCCGCCCCCGCCCCGAACCCCGGCAAGCGCAAGACGCGGGCCAAGGGCAAGGGCAACAAGAACAAGGCGAAGAAGAAGCUCGCGCGCUCCGGCCAGGAUGACUCCAUCCACCGCCGCCGCAACAAGCCCAGCGCCAAGUUCCUCAAGCUUCUCCGGAAGCGGGCCCGCGACUACAACUCCGACGACGACGAGGAAGACGACGACCGGCAGCAGGAGCACCAGCCGAACCCACGCCGCCGCCGCCGUGACGAGGAGGAGGAGGAGGAGGAGGAGGAGGAUGAGGCCCUCUCCCACUCCGACCAGGAGGAGGAGGACGAGGAAGAAGAGGGUGUCUCCACCUCUGCCACCACCAGGUUCGAGCAAGGCUGCAGGGCGUUCCGCGUAGCCUUCCUCAAGAUCAUGGCCAAAAAGCUCCCUGACGAUCCCCUGGGUCCAAUUCUGUCAGCGCACAAGAAGUUGGUCGCCACCAAGUUGGCCGAAGAGUUAGAGGAGCACAAGCCCAAGGGGGAGGCUAGAAAGGAGAAGCGAAUGGCAGCAGAGAAGGGCCAUGUCAUACCUGAAGAUCACUUGGACAGCAAAGAGAAGGAACUCAUCAAGGUUGCUACGAAGGGGGUUGUCAGGCUGUUCAAUGCGGUGAGCAAGGCACAGAAGCCUCGGAAAGAUUUGAACCCAUCAAGAACUAAAGAUGCCAAAGUUUUAGCAAAAGAAAGGAAAAACACCUUCCUCGCGGAAUUGGAGAUGCCAUCACAUCAAGAUAAAAAGAGCCAGGCACCUUCAAAUUUCUCUAAGCGUACUGGCAAAGAUGAAGAUGAGCCAGCAUGGGCACCCUUGCGUGACACAUACAUGCUUGGUUCUAAAUUAAAGGACUGGGAUAAAAUGAAGGAUUCUGCUGCAGCGAGUGGGCAAGCAGAGGUUCCUUUAGGCGACUCUUCAGACGAGGAAUAGGAAUACAAUCUGUUUAGUCGAAGCCAAACUAGAGAUUGAUUAUGUUGAUGUAUUCCGUGCUCAUUGCUUGUAAAGCGAGUUGAGAUGGGUUCUGGAUGUUCAAAUUAUCAAAUUCGGACGCCCUCUCCUUUUUAUGCCUUGCAUUAGCACUAAAUAUAUAGUAUACCUUGACUAUAUGAGUACUCCAUAGAUGCAUUUGUUUGGACGUU